UAUAAAAGGUAGCGCAUGCCAUCCUGCCAUUCAUUUCAGUCUACAAUACGAAAAGUGAACUUUGCAAGUGUAUGUGAAAAGCUCUUUGAAAUCGAAACUAUCCGCGCUUGUGCCAUAAAAUUCAAUAACGAUUAUUUAUUAAUUGUGGGAAGAUAUUUGGUGCGAGUAAAGUGCAUGUGAUGCUUCAGUCGGUAUGAAGACUUAGUUAAAACUCCAGACAUGUCAGUGGACCAAGAUCCGAUUGUUUCAUCCGAACCAUCACCGACUUCCCAUUUAGAAGUUCCUUUACAGAGUCGCAGAGUUAGUAUAAUCGAAAGUCUUCAUGGACACGACAACUUAGGGUUUGAAUCUCCGAGAAGUCGAAAGGUGUCCGGUAACUCCGAGCAUGCGGAAAUUGGACCGGUGCGGAAAAAAAGUAUUCUGCAUAAUGCACACCCAGUGGAAAAUCUUAGCCUGUCGGGACAUUAUGAUAGUGGUAAACAAGUUAAUGGGGAUCUAAGAUCCAAAAAAAAUUCUGUCACAGAAUCGGUCCACUCAAAAACGCGAUUUUCGGAAACGGGCGAGGAGGAGAAUGAUGAUAGGUCCUGGUGGUAUUUAUUCUGUCUAAAAUGUCGACAAGAAGAGACCCACCCGUCGUGGCAACCACCCCUUUGGCCCCGAAUCUGUCCUUAUCCUUUCUGUCCCACGUACCGCCAGUUUUCCAGAAUGAUAGCUCUUGCACUUAUCGGUACUUUGUCCUGGUGCAUUCUCUACGCCAUCGUCGGAGCUACCGCUGCACCAGGUGGACAUCUAUUCCAACUAAUUCUUCUAAGCAUUUGUGCCCAUUUCGCGGGUUGGCUGAUGAGUCUAACUACGCUACCGGCUUUGAUCGGCAUGCUUUUCAUAGGUUUACUCUUUCAAAACUUGGGCAUCGUAAACAUUGAUGACUCAUUUGCUCACAUCACUAAAGAGUUACGACACGUUGCCCUUGUAAUUAUCCUAAUCAGAGCUGGACUUGACUUAGACCCGCAUGCUUUAAAACGGCUAAAAUUUAGUGUCAUCAAAUUGGGUCUAGGUCCGUGGGCUGUUGAAGCCGGAAUUGCUGCAGUUCUCUGCCGAUAUUUCCUCGACUUACCAUGGGAUUUUGCUCUUCUACUCGGAACCAUAGUAGCAGCAGUAUCUCCAGCUGUGGUAGUCCCUUGUCUCUUCAGACUACGAUCAAAAGGCUACGGUGUUGCGAAGGGAAUUCCAACUCUUAUUAUAGCCGUCGCAGGAAUUGACGAUGCCACUUCCGUUGCUAUUUUCGGCAUUGUUAAAAGUAUUAUGUUUUCAAAUGAUUCUCUCACUUUUCAAAUCCUCCAAGGACCGAUUUCCGUUCUUGGUGGGUUGGGAUUUGGCUUGCUAUGGGGUAUCAUCUGCAAUUAUGCUCCGGAGAGGCAYGACCCCUUUAUGGUUCCUCUAAGAAUCCUCCUGUUAUUAGUCGGCGGAAUGAUUUCAGUCUUUGGAAGCGAACUAAUCGGUUAUGGGGGAGCAGGACCCUUGGGGUGUGUCGCUGCAGCCUUUGUUUCACUUUACUGUUGGUCAAGACAAGGGUGGGAAAUUGAGGAUAAUCCUGCUGCAACCGCGUUCGAAAUCUUUUGGAUGAUCUUCGAACCAGUCCUUUUCAGCAUCACCGGAGCUCAAAUCAAACUUGAUGAACUUGACGGCCACAUUGUCUCGAUUGGAGUCGCCAUAUUAAUUGCUGGAGUCAUAAUUAGAAUUAUCGCUACAGUCUUACUAGGGAUAGGUUGUAAACUAAACUUAAAAGAGAAAAUCUUUGUUGCAUUAGCUUGGAUGUCGAAAGCUACAGUUCAGGCCGCUUUGGGUCCGUUGACAUUAGGUGUAGUGAAAGAAAAUACGGAGGAGCACGAUUAUGCUGAAAAAAUGUUAAUGGUCUGUGUCAUGUCUAUAAUUCUCACAGCGCCGACUGGAGCGAUUUUGAUCACCUUGGGUGGGCCUCGAUUGCUUACCAAGACUAAAUUUCCUGAAGUACCUGAAGGGUGGCGAAGGAGUCAUCGGCCAUCUAUUAGAGAUAUUAGCAUCAUUGAUGAAGAAGAGGAAAGAGAUGAGAAUGUUGAAGCAUCGAUGUCUACCACUAUGAGUCAGAAAGACUCACCCAAGAGUGAAACCUAGGUUAUCAAAGUAGCAGAAAAUCUUAUAUUCUUUAUUUGAAUAUAAUAUAAGUAUUUUAGAACGAUGUGUAAAUAAUGUCUUUUUUUAAUAGAAAUCUUUGUACAAAUAUAAUGUAGGCGAAUCUAUUUUAAUAUGGUUGUUUAAAACAAUGUGUAACUUCAAAUGAUGCAUUUUUAACAAAAUUUAAAAUUUUGUAAAUGAACAUUUCUAUUUCUUUUUAAACAGAAUGUUCAAUUUGCUAAACAAAAUAAAUUUAUUACUUCUCGUUUUAAU